AUGUUCAGUCGAUUGUUCCUUGUUUGUCUUCUUCUUGUUAUAAGCCAAAUAUGGGCUUCAUGCCCAUAUAUUCGUACAUCAGUUAUUCUAUCUGAAUGCGUUUUCGAUUCCGAUCUAUAUAUAUCACUUGGUGCCAAUAUUCUCAACUCCAAUUCGAUUAAUUUCAUCGGAUAUUAUUCAUUAGGUCAAAACAGUAAUCUUAGUAACACACUCAUCUACAAUUUAGGUAAUCGUUGGAUGUUAUUGGUACCUUUAUUGAUAAAGUGUGCUCAUCAGCCUGUUAAUUUGACAUUUACGGAAUGUCAGUAUACAAUGAGACAGAAUAAGAAUAGCAAUCGAGUCAUAUCAGCAGCUGAAUACAUGACAACACAAUCGAGUGUUUUGAAUAUAACUGAUCUUGGUUUACAAUCAGUUCUAUUUCUUCAACCAGGAGAGAUUUCCCUUCGUUCCUGUAAAGCAUAUGAUUGUGAUCAGGAAUUAGUCUACUUAACAGCAUCCAAUGAAACAUUCAAUGUCAAAAUCAACUAUGAAAAACCGAUUAAUACAAAAUGUCAAUACGAUGAAGAUUGUCAGCGAUCAUAUUCGGUUAAAAAUCUUGUUCGUUGUGAUAAACUAACUCAAACAUGUCAAUGUUACCAUGAAAAUAUCACGACGAUUGAUGUAACAGGUGUGGGACGAAUAUGUACGGAUUCCAUUGAUCAAAGUAAUUGUACAAAGUUUCCCCGACGUUGUCUCAAAUGGUGUGAUGAAAGUGAAACAUCGUAUUGUCUUUGUCCGAAACUUACACGAAAAGUAAGAAAAAUCAAUGGUGUAUUCGACUGUGAGUUGGAACCAACUGGACAAUGUCAGUUCGACGAUGACCAUCUAAUUGGAUCGAAUAUAAGAAAAUGUCCAACAGGUACAUAUUGUGAUGGUGAACGAUGUCGUCCGUUGACAAUCUCUCGACAAGUUUAUGAAGAAGAACAAGACUUGAUCUAUACUUCAACAAUUACGACGUCAUCAUUACAAAAUCUCCUCUCGUCGACACGUAAACAAGUUAAUUCAUUAACUCAAACAACAGUAUUUAUUCGUACUUUAAUUUUUAUAACAAUAGCAAUUGUCCUAUUUUUUAUUCUGAUUAUUCUUAUUAUCAUCAUACUGAUUCGCUCGCACCGUAUUCAUGCAUCAACAACACCAGCUGAAGAUAAAGUUUCUUCAUCUUCAUAUGCUCAAUCAACAUCAACAGCUCUUUCAAGUGAUUCAACAACAAAUAAUAAUAAUAAUAAUAAUAAUUAUCAUCAUCAUCGGCAAUUAAAGCAACAAUCAAAAGAGCAGACGAUUCCAUCAGUAACAUCUGUCAGUUAUGAAAAUAUCUUAGCGAAACCCGCAUUUGUUCGCGGAAUAGUGCCUGAAACGAAUCUCUCGCCACGAUUUCAUCCCCAACAUCUAACCAUCGACGAUAAACGACGAAUACCCUUGCAGAUUCGCUCGCCAUCAUUAUCGCGUAUUAAUCCAUUCAUUGAUCAUGCUUCAUUAACAACGAAUGAACACUCUGGAAAAAAACGUUCACCAUUACCGAAAGUUACAUGUUUACAAAAUGGAGAUAUAAUUAUAUCAGCAUAG